AUGGCAAAUUCGAGCAAUAAAGUUGCUUCGAAUGGCGUCGCUAGCCCACUUUGUAAGCGAUGCAACGAAGAGCCUGGAACACAGCAAAUCCGAUCAGAGACAGUAUGCAGCAAGUGCUUCACGCAAUAUGUAGCAACCAAGGUUAUCAAGCGCAUGGAAACUUACAAGAUGCGAGGUUCAAGGAAUGCCCCAAAGAAGUUACUGUUUCCCCUCUCGUUUGGACCCUCGUCUGCCUCGUUACUACACAUUCUGGACCAGCAUCUCCAAGGACAAUACGAGCGAAUGAACCGAGCUGCAUACAAGCUACACAUAGUACACAUCUACUUACACCUGGAUGAUGCCGAUCGAAAGGACUGUGUUGCGUUGCUGGAGAAGUACAAGGCUCGUUUUCCUAGACAUACAUAUUUCUCCCUAGGCCUCGAGGAUGCUCUCCAGCUGGACAACAUAGAUUGGAAAGCCCUGGGAAUGUCUGCUCCUGCAGAGGUUGUCACUCAGAAACUCGGAACAGAGCGAUUGCAAGCGCUUAUUGGCUCCAUGCCUUCAGCGACUUCACGGAAGGACAUUGCUACCACACUGCUCACUCGACUUCUAGUGGAAGUUGCGAAGAGGAACAGCUGCGAAAGCAUCUUGUUCGGAGACUCUACCACGAGGCUUGCUGAGAAGACUCUCACGGAGACAGCCAAGGGCCGUGGGUUCUCUCUGCCUUGGCAAGUUUCCGACGGGAUGACAUCCUAUGGAGUCGGGUUCAAUUAUCCCGCGCGAGAUUUGCUGAAGAAAGAACUCGUGACUUUUACUUCUCUAACCACAGCUCCUCUCACGGACCUGAUCCUAUAUCAAAACUCGUCAUCUGAAAUAUCCGCUUCCUCAAAGUUGACCACGAUCGACGAUCUGAUGAUCCAAUAUUUCGAGUCUGUCGAACAGAAUUACCCUAGCAUUGUUGCAAAUGUUGUCAGAACGUCGAGCAAGCUCAAGCCCAGGAGCGGUGAGGUCUCCGCGGGAUGUGGUCUCUGUGGCCUCCCCGUAUUAGAGGGAAAUGAUGGGAUAUUUGGCUGGGGUGGUGACCAGAACUCGGACUCACGACCUAUUGGAGAGAAUGGCGAUCAAGGGAUUUUAUGCUACGGGUGCUCUAGAUCUAUCAAUGGCUAA